AUCUGAGAAGAUCUGAAUACAGAGUGGGAGGGCUGGCCGUUGAGUCGCUCACUGUGGCAGUGAAAGUAGGGUGGGCUGGCUGUUAAAGAACGUGCCUUGCGCCUCAGGACCCUCCUCUCUUCACUACGGCGCUUUUCGCCCGUUGUUCGCGGAACGUGAGGCCUUUCUGAAGAACUCCGGUCGUCUUGCCUUCCCUUUCCCGGCGAUACGAUUUAAAGGAAGACGCUGUCUAAUCUCAAAACACAUAUUGGAUUUGUAUUAUAUUAUUAUUUUGUUAAUUGACCGACGUUAUAUUAACGGCUCCGGCCAUGGCAGCCAGCGCGAAGCGAAAACAGGAGGAAAAACACCUGAAGAUGCUGCGGGAAAUGACGAGUUUGGCGCCCAACCGAAAGUGCUUCGACUGCGACCAGCGCGGCCCGACCUACGCCAACAUGACCGUGGGCUCGUUCGUCUGCACGUCCUGCUCAGGCAUCCUACGAGGCCUGAAUCCCCCCCACAGAGUGAAGUCCAUCUCCAUGACAACCUUCACGCAACAGGAAAUAGAAUUUCUACAGAAGUAUGGAAAUGAGGUAUGUAAACAGAUAUGGCUCGGCCUUUAUGAGGACAGAAACUUGGCCAUCCCAGACUUUAGAGAACCUCAGAAAGUCAAAGAGUUUCUUCAGGACAAAUACGAAAAGAAGCGAUGGUAUGUUCCUCCAGAGCAGGCUAAGACGGUGGCGUCGGUUCAUGCGUCUGUCUCUGGUUCAUCAGCUAGCAGCACCAGCAGCACUCCAGAGGUCCGACCUCUCAAAACAUUACUGGGGGAAUCAGUACCCACUUUACACCUCAACAAAAACACACCUAGCCAGUCUCCGGUUGUGUCACGCACUCAGCUAACCCAGCAGCAGCACCAGGACAGGAAGUUCGAUCUGCUCAGCGAUCUAGGUGGCGACAUUUUUGCAGCUCCGCACUCGCAGUCCACAGGCAACGCAAACUUUGCCAACUUUGCAAAUUUCAACAGCCAUUCAGCAGUGCAGAAUGUGAAUUCUAACGCAGAGUUUGCGAAUUUUGAUGCAUUCAAUAGUUCUGCUGCUCCAAACACAACAACAUUUCCACCAGCUCCACAAGCCCCAUUUCAGCCUGCACAACCAGUAUACAACAGUCUCCAAUUUAGUCGCAGUGUGGGCGAGUUUACCUCAUCGCUGCCUCCGCUGGCCAUGCACAGUAGCUCAUCAGGACUAGCUAAUGCCAACUUUGCAAACUUCGAUAACUUCCCCAAAUCGUGCAGUGCUGAUUUCGCCUCAUUUAGCUCCACCCAGAGUAACUCCGUGGGAGAGGGGCAUAAAGUGGAAGCAGCCAGCGUCCCUGCAGACCGAUACGCAGCCCUCACCAACGUGUUCGGCAGCAAACCUGAGCAAGGCACAAGUUCAACCCCUCCAUCAGCAAGUGUGGGCCCCCCACCUCCGCAGGCGGCUCUGAAGGGCGGCGAUCGCUACGCUGCUCUUGCUGAACUGGACAACGUCUUUAGCUCCUCCGCACCAAACGUGAGCAGCUACAACACUGCCACCACAGCACAGGGGUCUGUAUUUGGAUCAUCUCGGGCUGUUCCUCCAGUUCAAGCACAACAGGGUUUACCCAGCAUGCCUCAGGGUUUUGGAGGGCCUUCGACAAAUCCAUUCGGCGCUCCUGGGGCCCCACAGGCCGCUCCCACUAACCCGUUCCAGACCAAUGGAAGAGCAGUGGUACCAGGAGUGGGUGUGGCCACAGCUGCCUCUUUUGGCCCACCGUCCAUGAGCAUGCCGACUGGGUUUGGAAAUGCUGCUGCAUACAACCUUCCCACCAGCUUCAGUGGAAACUUCCAGCAAGCAUUUCCUGGACAGCCGUUCGCCCAGCAGCACGCGUUUCCCCAACAACCCAACGGAGGUUUUGCUGCAUUUGGUCAGGGUAAAGUCACUCCGUUUGGACAGAACAUGACUGCGCCUGGAGUAGCCAACAAUCCCUUCCUGGCAGGGGCACCAGCAGCACAGUUUCCUGCAGGAGGCUCAUCCUCAAACCCCUUCUUAUAGCGCUCCUUUGUCCUCUGCUCCUCCGGUGGGCGACCUGAGACUCAUUCGCACCUCUUGCACUGUUUUGUGUCUCAAGUAGCUUUAAAAAAAAAAAAAAAAACAUCGAUUUCCUAAAGAAAGUUUUAUUGAAUUUUAAGAGCAAAAGACUGAAAACACAGCAAAGGAAUAGAUACAUGAUCCUGUCUAUGGCACAUCCAUAGUAACAGAAACCAAAACAUGUUGCAGGGUUGUUUGGAGAAAAGGAGCUUUUUUUUUUUCUUUUUUUUUACUUUACCAUGCUCCUUUUUUCAUUCCUGUGAACUGGCCUGACCUGGAAAUCAUCUGCAUGACGUGGUGGAUUACCAAAUUAUUGCAAACCUCCCGUUCAUGUAAAUGCUGCAAUUCUGUACAUAAUUCUUUCAUAGAAAUUGCUAAUUUUUAGGCUUUUGUGCAUAUCAGUAUUUGUAUCUUUAAAACACAUACAUGCGUACACACACACGCUGCAUAUACGGCACUGAAGUCCGCCGUGCUGUGAAUAACAUUAACCAAGAAUGUGGAAUCCCUUUUUGACAUCAUAGUGUCGUCUUUUAGUGCUUUUGGAGUUUCUGAGAAUAAGGCAAAAACAUAGUUUUUUCGUUACGAGGAGUUUAAACUACAAGACUCUUUUCGAAUGUCAACUCCUCCUGAACUCAUGAGACUCUGACUCAAGACCACUUAUGUUACAGAAAUCUUAAGUUAAUGUGUGUGUGUAUAUAUACAAUAUAUAUAACAAUGAAUUUUACCUAAAUCAAGUGUGAUGGCUUAAAAUUCCUGUACUUCCUGUUACUUGUUUUCAGAACUUUGUUCCAAUGAUGAUUUGUGCAUCAUCUUCUGCCUUAAAAGUUUCUUCUGGAUUUUCUCUCGGUGUUUCCGUCUCAGGUUUUCGGCACAUUGUGGUAUACAAACCCCUCAAGAAGAAAAUGAGUGCAAUAAGAGAAAAAUAUGCUCCGUAGACGGUAAACUGAAAGACAAAUAACAAGAUCAGUCAAAAUACAUGUUCUGGAUCCAAUACACAUUUAGCGUAUGUGUCGUGCUGGCGAUGACUGUAGAAGAUCAUUUUGAGCUGUAUGGAAGGUGUCAGGUAACCUCACCUGUGUGACAAUAUCCACCCCAAGCCCGCUGCUAUCCACCAUCACUGAGGUGAUGAUUGUCUGGAGGACCAGCGCACAGAAGGUGUUGGCUCCGAACACAAGGGCGUAGCGCUUCACGUUCAACCCAGCUGCUAUCUGGAACCUAUGAAACAAGGGCAUGGAUGUACUCAUGCAUUCACUGACUAAUUGGAAAGAUGAUAUUAGUGUAGAUGUAUUUUUCUUUCUGCUGCUUUAUUAAAUGUCAGGAAAUUGUGAUUUCCAUGCCUGGAAAGGUUAUUGUAAUUAAUAAAAAAUAUCUAUAAUAUA